AGCUGGCAUACUUGUAAACUCAUUAUAGGCGCUUGUUUUUAGCUCACGUUAACUUACGUUAGUUUGCGACAUAGCAUGUAGUUGUUAGCUCACUAAUAGUUCGGUCAUUUUGUAUUAGAGCUGAUUCAUUGACCGACUCUCCGACACGCUUUAAAGGCACAACUGAGCUGCUGACUACCGACGCUGCAGCGCGACCGUUAGCUCGACCGGCUCACUAGCUAGCGCGAGCUAACGUUCCUCUGUCGGCUCUGCUAAGCUACUGAAGCUAAGCUAGCUGAGCAUUAUUACUCAAGCGAGCAGCGGUGUUUUACAUGCGUGACACGCUGUGGAAGCUAUGCAUGGAGACAAGGAGAGUUUCCUAUCUUUAAAUUAGACCAUGAGCCUGUUUUUCUCUUCAGUUAGCCGGAGAGAAGGACAGCAGCACAACAAAGAUAAGACUACAACAUCCGUGGUGAAAUACAACUGAAUACACGUAUUCGUGUCCUUCACUGAAUUGCUUGUACUUCACUUAAGUAUACACACUUUGCUGUGUGCAAUUUUAUUCGUUUAUUUCAAUACAUGUCCGAGGGUAAUGCACGUUUUACUUCACUAAAAGGCAGUAGAGUAACACUAUUAUUUAAAGAAACGUACCCACUGCUUUGUAUAUCAACACUAUGAAUUAAAUCCAUUAUAGUAGAUCAAUCUCCCCAGCAGUAUGUAAAGACGUCACUCUUCCCCUACCUAUUUUAACAUUUAAGUAAUUUGGGAAUAUUCUGCUAUUUCUACAUUUACUAAAGUUAAUGAUCUUGAUAAUGAUCUGAAUACACACUAUAUAUAUAUAUGAAUAUAUCUCCAAGCGCUAGUACAGCACUGAUGACGUCCAGUUUUAAUGCACAUAUUGUCAGUUGCGUUGGACAAAAACAUCAGUCAAAUGAAUAUUACGUAGUGAUUUAUAAUUUUGUUGUAUUUAAUAGCAACAUUGCAAAUUGUCCAAGACGACAACACUAAACAUAGGCUAUAAAAUAUCCAGGGCUUGAAUAAACAACUCUCUGGCAGAGCAUCAGAACAAAAAUAACUCAUCAUGACCUUCAUAACUUGCGGAUGCAAAGGUCUCUUGAAAUCCCGCCAGGUCGUAGCAUUGAGUACACACCCAGAGGAUGACAAUUAACCCGUCUUCACAAAACACAGCAGGCUACCGUAGUUCCAUAGAUGGUCUCUGUCUGUGGUGCGUUGGUGUUAACGUGCGAAGGUAAAAUGUUCUUGUGUCAGCAGCUUUAGGCUGCAGGUCAUCCUGCACUCGCUCGGCCUGAAUAAGAAUGCUGCACCAAUGCUGUCUUCCCUUGAGCCCACAUUUCUCUUCCAACUACGAGCAGUCGCUGACGAUACAAGCACUGGAUCCCAGUGCCCUGCCCACGGUCUUAUUAACCCAAAUAAAGACGGCCCACAGCAACCAAGCAGUUAUACCGGUUUGAGUUUGGUAACACCCAAAGUGGUCGUUUUCAUCAUUUAUUCACCAUAACUCUUCCAUUUUAUCCACUAUUCAUGUGUUCUUGCCAUCGGUUCUGUUUGUUGCAUCAUCCUCGUUUUUUCACAAUUUUCACAAUUUCAGUUGUUUCAGUUCCUCAUUCGUGCUGCUAUAGUACACCAUUUACUCAAUGUAAUCACAGUUAGUCAAACUAAAGUUGUCUGGGAUAUUUUGAUAAUCUAUCCAUCGUUGAAGUAAGUUUUUUGACAAAAAGCAAACGUUUCCUUGUUCAAGUUUUGGUGUUUGUCUUUGAUCUAAUAAAUCUCAGGUAUAUUUGUGUAAAACAUUACACAGAUGUUUGUGUGACUUGCAUUUCAUAAAGAGGGAAAUCCGUACAGCAGAAAGGCAUAUAUAAAGGCAUAAUAAAGGUUUCCAAAAAGCCAGAUCACGUCUGCCCUAUUAAUAAGACAAAAUGUAGGAAAAUACAGUCUUUUAACACUCUGGCAGUUGCGUAAUGGGAGCCAUCAUUGAAAUGUAAUUAAAUCAGUAAUAAAAUGUUACAAGACUGUUGACCAUGUUUCUUUAUCUGUCCAAAAAUCUUACGUUACUUCAAAAACACCCUGAGUCCAUACGGUGGUGAUUUUAAGGGUAAAACGAGCCACAGGAACCUUCUCCUUAGUAGGAUGCGUUUUCAUGCUCUUUGUGAUUUGGCUGCUUCGCAGGUAUCACUCUCUGGCUCAGAAGAUGAUUCUCAGCCUGACUGUAGCUGCCUUCUUCAACAGUGUAGCAUACGUCAUGGGUGACUCACAUCCAGUGGGAGCUCUGUGUGACUUCCAGGCCUGCUGGUUAACUUACUUUGACUGGAGUGCCUUGGCCUGGGUUUGUCUCAUCACUCUGAACCUCUACCUCAACCUGGUGAGAGAAAUCAGCACCAACCGAUACGAGAUGUUGUACCAUCUGAUGGCGUGGGGGCUUCCUCUGGUCAUGGCCUCCCUGCCCCUGCUAAAGGGCUACUACGGCCCCGCUGGAGCCUGGUGCUGGAUCACAGACGAUCACGUAGCCUGGAGAUUUGGGAUAUGGUACGUGCCUCUGUUCAGCCUCAUCUUCUUGAUGAUCUGCUGCUACGCGCGGAUAAUCUGCGUGGCCACCGCAAGGAUGCAGUCAUGGUUGGGAACCUUCAACCCAGAGAGAGAGAGACGAAAGGUAAUGGCCUGUCCGAGAGUCACAUUUCUCCACGCACGCACACACCGAGCGUGAGGAUUAGAGUGUGUGCAGGAUUAGCUUUGGUGUUCCCGCUGGGUAGGUGUCAAACGGCGGGGAGCAAUUUGACCUUGUGACACUUGUGUGUGUGCGUUUCAUGGGCUUGUGUGUGUCCGUCUGUGCGCGCCAGCCCGUCCAUGCAUAUUUAAAUUUUGGAGCAGCGGCGCCUCUGCUCCUGACCUUACUGAAAGGAAAAGAAGGACAGGGGAGGCUGCCUGGGAAAAAUAUUAAGAUCUAGAGCAGUCCGAUUGUGAAAACAGGACAUGGGCUGCCGGGGAAAAGAGGAGAACGCCUCAACCUCCGGUUCUGCCGAGGGAACCCCGCGCGGCGUGUUACUGUCAUUCCCUCUACGGCCCAGCAGGGGGCGACUCCUCUGGUGGCAGAAAGAAGUCCUAUGUACGAUGUCUCUAUGAUGAAAGUCCUGCUUUGAACAGGACCGUGUUGACAUGCUGUAAAUUGCAAAUACGUCGACCGGGAAUCGUUGUGGUUGUGCAGUGAAGAAGGAAGAAGACCACCAGUGAAAACAACCCGAACCAAACUGCUAUUCCGAAGAGGAGUCAUAAUUAACUGUAACAUAUUAACAGACUUCUGUAUUGCCUUUGCACAAGUCCAGUAAGGAAGAAAGAAAGUCAGGUAAUCCAUUUAUUAUCAGACGACUAACGUUCGAUAUCCUGUAAACUAGGGGUGCCCAACCAACACGCCGCGGACCAGUACCGGUCUGUGGGCCAUAUUGACCAAUCCGCGAUUUAUUGUCUCAUAUGAAAACGGUCCGACGGGCAAAAAAGGUUGGAGACCCCUGCUGUCCCCAACCUGUCAAUCUAAUAACUGGCCUUCUUUGACGUGCAGUUGGGUUUUCAGUGGACUGUUUGUAAUGUCAGUCUGGUGCGGAUGCCAAGUUACAAAAAUUCUGAGAUGCCCGUCCAUGAGCGACAUUUCACGCUGUUACAGAGAAACGUUUGUAUGUAAUUCAUUGUCGUGUGAAGCAUUUUACAUUUAAAAGAAAACAUUCUUUCUGAAAUGUGUUCAAAAAAAAAUUGUCCCCUACAUGUAUGGAAGAGCCGUACUAAUCUGCUGGACAGCAAUGGAUUGAUAUGCAAUCAUUAAUUUCCAUUACUGGUAUCGGGAAGUGGCAUCUAACACCUGCCCACACAGAACUACUGCCCAAUGGUUUAAGCCUUGAAAUCCUGCACAAAGGUGCUCAGGGUCACACUCCUAUUCACCACGCGUCCAGCAGCAGCAGCAGUACCUGUUCUGUUGUUACCCCCCCCCCCUCCAGGGUGCGCUGGGGGGGGGGGGCAGUUUAGGGUUAAGGUUAUGUAGAUGCUGCCCCUAAGUGGCAGAUGUAAUUACUGCACAUUGAACUGGCGUAACCCUCACCGCCCAGACAACACACGCACACACACACACACACACACACACACUGUUCAUGUGGGCUAAUUGCUACGUGUAAAUAAGUCAGCAGGGUUUUUUUUUUAUCACACACUCGUUUCCUCGUAUUUCUCUUCCCCAAUCGCUCUCCUCGUUUCCAUCUGUUUUCCUCUGCCUCUCGCUUCGGUCCUCCUCUCUCUCUCUCUCUUCCCCCCCUACUCUUUUUUGUUCUCUCCUUCCCUCCCUCCGUCUCUCUCCCUCUCUUGUACCCAGCAUGAAUAAAGCAGCAAGCCAGGUUCAUGGACAUGAAUAUUUAUGAGUUUAUGCACGCGCUGCGAUGCUUUAAAACAACAACAACAGCCUCCCCGAUUGUGCUUGCCAAGCCAGCGAGCUCUCUGGCUUGUGUGUGUGUGUGUGUGUGUGUGUGUGUGUGUGUGUGUGUGUGUGUGUGUGUGUGUGUGUGUGUGUGUGUGUGUGUGUGUGUGUGUGUGUGUGGCAGCAGGUGUAAACUAGAGAAAGCGAUUCCUGCUGGGUGUCUGAAGACCGCCGGCUCUGGUUAUUUCCAUUCACUUCGCCACAUCUCCCUCCUGCUGUGCCUCACAUGUUCUCUGUCGCCAUCUCUCUCACACUGUGCCACACGCACACACACACACACACACACGCAUACAAGAGCAUGCAUGCUUCUUUUGUUUUGCAUUCACGCAUGUAGUUUCCUGCGUUCACCAUUCUUGAUCUUUUCUCUCGCUCUGACUCAGCCUGGCACCAUCCCCCUUCUUCGCUGUGUGUGUCUGUGUGUGUGUGUGUGUGUGUGUCUGUGUGUGUGUGGGGCUGGAGAGAUGACGUACGUAACUGGUGUUGGCAGUUAUCAGGGCCGUCAGUCACAUGGUUUCGACACAUCUCUCUGUGUCUCGAGCAAUUUGUUUGUGGUCACGCAUGAAUACGCACACACACACACACACACACACACACAGCGCACAAGGUCUUGGAGCAGCAUAGGUAAGUAGGGGGGGGGGGGGGGGGGGGGUAUUUAGAAGAGGGUGUUUAAAUCAGGCCUUCCGAACACACACACACACACACAAAAACAGGCGGACUUCUGAACACGUUUGCCCACACAGCAGCUCGGUCCCGUCGGGUAGCAACAAAGCUGGCUGAGCAAACAGCGAGCUGCUUGUUCGUUAUCUUCCCCGGGUGUUUGUUUACUGAUCCACACAAGCUUCCAGUCACAAUGGGACGUGUCAGCUCGCGUGUCCUGGUGCACGUACGUGACGCUCAACCUUGUUCCUCGCCGAGCGGAAGGCCCUACCGCUCCGUGUAGCCGUCCUUAAUUCCUGUGCCAAAUUUUUUUUUUUUUCCCACACCUCAACGACGCCGUGAAGGCGCCGCGGUGCUGCAAGGACAGUUGGCUUUGUGUCUCCCAGGCGCCGCACGCCGCUCUGCCAGAACGCGCGUACCUCCGUUUGGAGGGAUCGGCGCCCCAGCUGUCAGAUAGCGAGACGCUCUGAGCAGCUCAGUAAUCCUCGCCGGUGUCUUUAACGGGAUGUGUUUGGCUUUUAUCUGUCCUUUUUAUUUGCUACAUCAAUCUCGCCAAAAUUGCCAUUUUGUAGCUUGUCUGGAGCUUUACGUUGUAGAGCCUCGUCUUCGUGAGGUCGCUAAUAAAAAUGAUACGUUUAUAUUUCUAUUUAAACUUUUCCAAAAAGACUCAAUGGUUCAAAAGUAUUUAUCCAAAAAUGACAUUCUAAUUUACUUAUAAAUGCACGCUCUAAAUCGUGAGUAAAACCUAAUUGUGUUAAUCUUGCAGCAGAAGAUUUUAAUUUCUCAUGGAAACGUUUCAUUAUGAAAUUCUAAAUACGUUUGUACCCUGAUUUUAAGUGUACAAAAAUAGCUUGUUUUUUAAGGUCCCUGAAUGUGAUGUUCCCGUUCGCUGGAGCGCCGCUGUUCUCUUUGGAGGAGGUUAUCUCUUUCUUCCUCUCCCGGUGAAGGGGCCCGGUCGCUCCCGACAACGCCCCAGUAAUCUAGCGUGCGUCAUUAAUGUCCGGUCCGCUGCCCCCGGCGCACACAAUUACGCUUUCAAUCCGCGGGGGACGGCGGGGGGGGGGGGGAUGUGAUUAAAAACACCCGGCUCUUUAGCCGCGCUCUCCCUCUUCCUCCUCCUCCUCCUCCUCCUCCUGGUCCACAUCCUGCCUCUUGCGCAUUGAAAUUCCUCAAAUGCCUGCCUCUAUCUACGCCGUACUUCUACCCCCCCACCGCCCCCCCAUCCCAGUGCGUAGACUCCUGGCUCGCCUUUUCCCUACGUCCCAAUGACACAACCUCCACCGCGCGCGCGCACACGCACGCACGCACACACACACACACACAAUAGGCAGAGCUUCCUAUAUGCUUAAUGUUAACCCUUCUGCUCUACCCAACGAGACCCUGCUCGCGUGCACGCGGCGCAGUGGAAGCUCGGCUUUUUUAUUCAAUAUUUUUGAUUUGCACUGACGCACGCGCGCACGUACAUAAAAUGAAAUACCACGGGUGGGUGGGUCCUCGUGAUUUCCAUUAGAAUGGUUAAGAAUACCUUCUCUAGAGCUCGCACGCCUCGGGGUAUUUUCUGGUGAGUAAUUAAUUUUCCAGCAUGUGGGGGGGGGGUGGAGACCGGAGCUCGCGGGCCCAUGCCUUCUGGCUCCGACUGCGCGCGCGGGCGUGUGCGACUGCUACCGCGUCCUAGUUUCAAAUUGGAGGAGGAGGGGGAGGGAGGGUGCGUGUGCGUGUGCGCUCGCGUGUGUGGAGGAAACAGCGCAGCGCAGCGCAGAAAAUCGAUCCAGGGGCCGCGCUUCUCAGCCUCCUUCCGGGCGCACGAGUCCUCUGCGGGGAAUU